AGGUGAGGGCCGUCUCUAACUAAUCAAUUCUGCCAUUGAGCCGAUUCGUGAACUGACCUACAUAACGCUACAACACUUCAGCAUAGCUAUGUGGCUUGUUAAUGGCAAUAGAUAAUGGGGGAGGGGAGCAUGUCGGUUGCUGCCCUGUGUCGGACACCAACUACAUAUGUAUGCUGAAUAAGUGAAAGAGAGCUUGGGCAUAACCAGUGCCAGGAGCCUCCAUCUGUGGAGAAGCUAAACCUGGGGAAGGAGGUCAAAGUUGAAAUUGCUUCUGUGAAUACACAUCUACAGUGGCUGGCUGUACGGCUUGACCCCGGUGACUGGCAGUGUAAACAUGGCCUCCUCCUUAGCGCCACCACCGCACAUAGUAUACACACAGUGCAGUAUACAGUCACUGCCUAGAUGGUCCAGUGCUGCAUUGCUCCAAGGGCAGGGCCCAAGUGGGCAGAUCGAAGACCUUGUGAUUGUUUUCACUGACAGGCUGGACUGAAAGGAAGAGCCAUGAUGGCAGUGAGCCAGUCUCAUUAAAGGACAGCCCUUGGGCCGUAGUGACCCGGCUAGGUACAGAGAGGAUAUGUCGGUCAGCUUGUGAUUGGUCAAUACGGCGCAGGCUGAUCAAUGAACGGUAUUGAUUCAUUUACGAUGUGCUGGUGAGACGAGGAUCCUUUACAAUAGAAACGUAUUUGGCGUGUGUGCAUGUGAGCGAGAGGGUGUGAGUUCAACAGAGCUAGGGAAUAAGAUGGAGUGUUUUGCCGGCGUAAGGUAUUGGAUGCCCACAACCCACCAUGACAGCAAGGCUAGAGAUUGAUACAGCAACACAUUCACUCAGGGGCAGACAACUCUCUUGUACACCUUCAGCUUUUACGUUUUACUUUUCGUGUAUUUCCAGACAAAGGACUGAUCGAGAGCCUUCGCUUUGCUCUGACAACACUCAGGCUAAAGACGAGGCUUGGGAAGCUGCUACAUUCUAAUCACCACAGUCACCAUGAAUACCAAGGAUCCCCAUUUGUUCCCCACCCAGUGCCUACCUUCUCCCUUUCCCCCAUCUCCAAUUUGUGAGUUUAUUUGACUAUGAUGGGUCAUCCGUCACAAAGCUCCACGGAGCACCAUAAAAUUCAAGCCAGCCAAUCACAGCCCUUGGAAGCGACUGUCGCACCAAUCAGCCCUUCUGAAUUUCAUAUUAAGUCAGAGUUUCAACCAGCCAGUAUGUUGGACAAAGGCGUGAAUAAAGCAUUAAAUUUCGUUCCAUAUUCAAGUGACAACCCCAGCCAUGCUGGAGCAUUCCAGAAUCCCAAUUUGCAAAAGUGUCCGCCUGGAUUUGAAGGUAACGAGAUACUCAAUAUGCCUCCCAGAACAGGGGAAGAAGGGGAGGUGUUUGAUGAUUCUAGAUAUGGGUGGUUUCGAGGACCCCCAUUGAUAAAAACUGAACGACCUCGACUAUGGAGUGGUGAAGCGGAAGACAACACGUUAGUUGAGACAAUAUCGGAGUCAAGUUCCAGCAACAUCGACAGUGGCAGCAGUCGAGAACAGUCCCCCUUCACUGGAUCAGAAGAUGUUCCCAAACAUCAGUACCCAGGGAACUCAGAACAAGAGGAUUUCGGAGGAAGGCGAGUUGGAGAGAUGUCUGCUCAGAAAUAUGAGGAGGGAGAUUUUCAUUCAGAGAGUGAACGUCAGAGCUACCAACAUGGGAAAUUCAAGAAAAUGCUUCAUCAACGAUAUGUGACUAGUCUUCAGUCAGACUCUUCAUCCUUAGAGCAAAGCUUGAAGGAAGGGCCAGUGUACUUUUACCCUCCUGAACUAGAGGAUAUGAAAGGCAGGGGCCAAGAUGUGGGUCCGGGAGGAGUAUGGGUGUCUUGUGAGUCGGUGUCGGAGUCAGAACGUGAUCUCAAGAGGACCAGUGAUGUUCGGUCGGACACACCAGACGAUGUCUUCAUGGAACCUACCUCUUCUGUUACUUCACACAAACGUUCAAAACCUCCUUCCUUGCAGCAGAAUGAACCUCUAGACCUCUCAAAGAGCACAAGUCCUAAUUUGUCCCCAGGGUUGGGAUCCCCUUCUCUGGGGUCGCCAUCACUAGGGAGUCCCUCCCUGGGUUCUCCAAACCUGGGUUCUCCAAACCUGGGUGUAGGGAUGGGCCAGGUUCCCCAGGAGCAGGAGCUGUCUCCCACAGCAGCCAAACAGUUCUCCCCUGUCACUUUCCGGUCUACGCAUCGCCUGCCAUACUCACCCCACGGUCUUAUCUCUCCACAAUCACCUCUGUGUUCAGUGCCUGAAGGCGGGCGUAUCUUCAACUUCAGCAUGCCCAGUCCAUUUGAAGGUCCCCACUCGGACUCGGAUCUUCUGUCCCCUAGUCCCAUGUCACCACGAUUCUUCACAUUCCCUCCUCACGCCUCCAUGUUGAGUCCCCUAGCGGAGGUGAAUCGCUUGGCUGUCUCGCCACGGGCUCUGUACCCAUCAUCACCUACUCAGUUCUCCAACUUCCCAUCCAAGCAAUAUGGGCCUGUCAAGCAGGAACACACUAAAGGCUUUUACGAGAAACGAUCCUUAUCGGAGUCCGAUGUGACGUACCUCUGUCCGGUUUGUGGACAAGUGUUUCCAUCCUACGAUAAUCUUGCUAAACAUAUGGCCAAGCAUCUCCCAACUGAGACUGUACGUGCAGCUGACAAUAACAAAAUACAUUACUGUAAAGUGUGCAAUCGGUCCUUCUCGCGUAGUGACAUGCUUACUCGCCAUAUGCGGCUCCAUACAGGACUUAAGCCUUAUGAGUGCACAGAUUGUGGCCAGGUGUUUAGCCGCAGUGACCACCUGAACACUCACAAACGAACACACACGGGUGAGAAACCAUACCGCUGUCCACAGUGUCCGUACGCAGCUUGUCGGCGAGACAUGAUCACACGACACAUGCGCACCCACAACAAGAGAUCAUCACGAAAAGGUGGACGCUUUCUGGCUGUGCCCGAAAUGGAGAGUAGCGAAGUACGUAAGAGUUCAGUUUCAAGCACAGAUACAACAGACUCAACUCGAACCUGCUCAGUGUCCAGCGUUGAUAGUUUGGAAUCAGAAACGAGUCAUCGUAAAUACGCCAGCCCGGAAGGAGCGCAGGCCGACAAGGACGUGACACAGACGCUGCAGUGGGCGUGUGGGAGGAAAGAGGCUCCAGACUUUGAAGAAAUCGACCAGAAUACACUGUCUGUGCCUACAGAAUCAUCUUUCGAUCCAUUCAUGGGGUACAGAAAAGCCCGGAACUGGUCGUCGACAAGUUACGAAAGUAUAGACUCGGAAGACUCUAGGAGAGAUUCUGUUGCCGAUGAUCCAUUUUUAGAGCCUGAACGCCCUGCCACAACUACGUCACGUAGUGGUGGUCAGGGGAGCCCACUCAUAGAUACAGUUAGUCUACAGAAAUGUACUAUAAGUUCCGAUAGUCCUAGUGUAAAUAUGUAGCUAGGUGCAAUCUAUCCCCUCUAAUUCAAAUGGAAUUGUCUGCAACAAAUGGUGACUUGAUCAUUUGAAUAUUUUAGGGGCCAAAGUGUUAGACUGGUUCUGUUAUCUAGCAUUCCCACAAGGGCUCUUUUGGCCUGUUUUGGAUUUUGUCAUGAAAUCAAAAUUUACUUGUUAUUGUUUGUGUCCGCUACGCAUGUGGAAUCUAUUUGUGAUCAUUUGACUUAUAUGCCAUUGGUUAAGGGUAUAUUUUUCACAUUAUAGUUUAUUUGGUGCAUAUUGUGUAGUUGGUACUUUGUAUGGUGACAUUUGCCAAUGUUUUUUUGAGUAACACGAUGUUUGUGGAUACCUGUGAUCAAAUUAAAUCUAUUUUUUUCCAAACAAAUAUAUUCAUCUAUAUUGCAUCGACAUCUACAUCUGCAUCAGUCUCACGGUCACAAUUUUCAAUUUUGGAAAAAUUAUUUUAAAAAUUUGAAACGCUCGUCCCUAUUUUUUGUGUUAGUGAUAAGGAUAUUGAAAAUACUUGCUUGGAUAUUUGUGGAGUUUUUGUUAAUACAAUUAGAACAAGAUCAUAUUCUAUUGCUUUCUUCUGAAACUUUCUAUAGGGAGAACAGUCUCCAUUCAUUGAUUAAUUCGAUCACAGGUAAACGCAAAUUUCAAAGUAAACAUUUGUUUUCACUUUGUUGAGUAUGUGCUGUUUUGAAUGUCAGAUAGGUUCAUGUGUUAUCUCCCCAUUGCAAGCAGAAUUUGAAACAAAUAUAUACUUGGAAAAAGUUCUAAAUGCUGGAAAACACCAUCUUCUGUAUGUCAGUGUAAGAUUUGCCUGUAUAAAGAAGCAGCAUGCAGUAUUCAUAUCACUCACAGGAUAUAAGCAAAACAUAUUUUUUUCCUAUCCAACAACAAACUGUACAAGGCUGACAGGCACUUGCCAAGACAGUUUGUAACUUGGGUAAAUCUUGUUGACACUUUCACCCAAAUUUAAUUAAGAAAAUAAUUAUUUUUAGAAGUGUAGUUGAUAAGAGAAUAUUUUACUGCAUUUCAUUACUUUUUUAUCACUAGGUCAGAGGAAUAUUGAUGAUUCUUAUUUAAAAUAAUAUAUAAUAUUUGGUAAUUUUUGGCACUGGAAUUGGCCAACCCCAAAGGUCAACACUUGGAGAAAGGGCAUAAUAUAUCUGGAAUAUGUCAAUUUUUAAAUAGAUGCCUAAUACAUCUUGGCUGUUUUCACAUAGAAUCGGACAGCAGUCCCAAGAAAGUAAAAUCUGUAGCCAAGGGGAGAUAACUCUAAACUGACACUUUUUCUCUGGAUACCUCAUGCAGUAUUAUGGGUUGCCACCCAGGACUGAGUGUGUUUGCAUCUAUCAUGUUAUUUUUUUUCUUAAUUCUUGUUUGAAAGCAUAAAACAUGGAAAUCUGAAAAUUUUCGUCAGUCCUCGGUGACAUAGUGCUGAAACAAUCAUCAUCAUUUAAUAACAUUAAAGCAAAUAUAAGACAGUAACUGUUGCAAGAGGAAUGCUCUAGGGCUUGUUAGGAUGGCAUUUCUUCCUUUCAAAUGUACUCGUAAAUAUGAGUGAGUUUGAAACUUUUCUGCAUAUUUGAAAUUUUCAAAUGUACUCGUAAAUAUGAGUGAGUUUGAAACUUUUCUGCAUAUUUGAAAUUUUCAAUUUGACAAUCAGAUUUUGCCACUUAAUAAUUUGGGUACAGUAUAUGAAGCCCAUUUCUUGUGUUCCCUGCCAUCAUUUUUGUGGUAUAUUGGUAAAAGCGACGUAAAGUCUAACUCACUCACUUAAUUAUUACAAAUAUACUCACCGUCAAAAGAAAUGCAAACCGUAGAAACAUAAUAAAGAAGUAGGUACGUUAAGAAGAGAUGUUUCCAAUGUGUACUAAUUAAUGACAAGACUAAAGUCAGUCAAUUGUUACCACAGAGUGUCUUUAUUCUUAUCACAAUAUGAGGCUCAUGAUUUCCAAACUUUACAUGCUAAUCCUGCACGAGACAAUUGGUGCAUCUCGAGUCAUGGAUCUGUGACAACACAUGU